AUGGAUGCGGAGGAGAAUUUGGGCAAGAUAAACGUCGCCGUCAUUGGCGUCGGCAAUUGUGCUUCUUCCCUGGUACAGGGGCUGUACAAAUAUUCCGAGAUCGAAUCGGAUGGGGACGUCCCGGGCAUUAUGCACCCGGUGCUGGGUGGGUACUCAGUAGGCGACAUCAACCUGGUCGCGGCGUUCGACGUCGACAGCCAAAAGGUCGGCGCCGACGUAUCCGAAGCUAUAUUCGCUCCCGCCAACAACGCUCUUAGAUUUCACGACGUACCGGCGACCGGCGUAACAGUCGACAGAGGCAUGACGCACGACGGAAUUGGCAAAUACCUCGAAAACAUCGUCGAUGUCGAGAGAGACCGGACAAAGCCCGAGGGACAGACGGCCGACAUCAUUGGCAUCCUGCGCGACAGAGAAGUCGACGUAGUCAUCAACUACCUCCCGGUUGGAUCGGAACAGGCCACAAAGUGGUACGUCGAGCAGAUCCUUGCCGCGGGGUGUGCAUUCGUAAAUUGCAUACCGGUGUUCAUCGCCCGCGAAGCUUACUGGCAGAAGCGCUUUGCCGACAAAGGCCUGCCGGUGGUGGGCGACGACAUCAAGUCGCAGGUUGGCGCCACGAUUGUCCACCGCGUGCUGGCGAGGCUCUUUGAGGACCGGGGCGUGCGGCUCGAUCGCACUUACCAACUUAACUUUGGCGGCAAUACAGACUUCCUUAACAUGCUCGAACGCGAACGUCUCAUUUCGAAGAAGAUAUCCAAGACGAACUCGGUGCGGUCGCAGCUCGACCACGAGAUUCACGCCGACGAAAUUCACAUCGGACCCAGCGACCACGUUCCGUGGCUGGGGGACCGCAAGUGGGCGUACAUAAGGCUGGAAGGCACUUCGUUUGGAGACGUGCCGCUCAACAUUGAGCUAAAGCUCGAGGUGGAGGACAGCCCGAACUCAGCGGGCGUGGCGAUAGACGCAAUUCGCUGCGCAAAGGUCGGUCUGGACCGCGGUAUUUCCGGCGCCCUUGAAGCCCCAUCCGCGUACUUCAUGAAAUCGCCCCCGGUACAGCAUCGCGAUGACGACGCCCGGAAGAUGGUCGAGGAGUUUGCCUCCGGCGACCAUUCAGUGAAUGGGGUGUAG